AAUACAAUAGACAGUUCCAGCAUUCAUAACACCAAAGUCCGGCCUUUUAACCUCAUGUCACCUUUUUAUUUUAUUCUUAAGAUAGCCAUCCUCUAUGCGAUUGGGGUAAUGGCCCUUUCACCUCAAGAUGCGAUCCAUGCAGACGACCUUGAGCGCUAUCAAGAGUUCAUGAAUACAGUCUCUGAUAGUCAAUUCCUCGACAUGUAUAUGGAAAGCGCUGAUGUCAAAAUUGACAUCUACGAAUACCCAUCAAACGACCUCGUCCAGUCUGCCUACUUCAAGCCAAGUCCAAAGGCGGAUCAGUACUUCCAACAGGAGAAAGAACAGGCGGAUGCACUCCAAGCAAUAGAAGAUGAGGGGUUGACGGAACGUGCGGCUAUUUGUAGGCGCGAUGAACAUGUAUUUGAGCGACUAUCCACGCUGGAGAAACGGCGCUCUCGCUGUUAUCAAUUUUGUGGAAGUAUUCAUCAUUGCACAAGAGGUACAGGAUGUCCGCACUGUUAUGCCGUUAGGAUGGGCUGUCUGUGGCAGAAGUGGUGUCGCUGAGUUGAGCUACCUGCUGUUUACAAACACAAUCUUGUUAAAUAUAACAACUUCGGAGAUUAAAUGACUGGCAGAUUCCGUGUCAUUCUUAGUUAGCGAAUUAGGCCCUGGUAUGAAGUACUUAGCAUGCUAGAUAGGCCUAGCCCAGCUAUCAACUCAAACAAUAGUCUAGUAAUUAACAGCGACUAUUGAUUUUUGG